AUGCACACUAGGCUUUUAGGAAUGGAGACGGAUUUAAUAGAAUCAGCCAAUGAUAUGUGGGUCAGACUAAAAACAGCAGUAAUAGACUCUGCGGAGACCAUUGUACAACAACGCCGGGGUCCGCGUAGCAGACCUGACUGGAUGAGCCAGGAGACCUGGUCCGCCGUCUUGCGCCGCAGAACCUUAAAAGAGAAUGGUCUAAGCACUGAAGAUGAUAGAAGGCACUACCGCGAGCUGCACAGAACUGUCCAAAGACUCUGCCGUAAGGACAAGAAUGCAGAAGUGGACAGAGUGUGUCAGGAGAUCGAGGAGUCAUCCAACAGGGCACACACAAAAGACAUGUUUUGUAAAGUCAAGUCACUGACAAAGGACAUUAAGAUCAAGAACUGGACAUUGGAGGAUGAUACGGGAGUUAUCAUCACAGAUGGAUACAAGGUGCUAGAACGAUGGAGGGAAUACUGCCGAGGUCUGAACGCGGCAACAGAGGAUUCAGAAGAACUGAGAAUGAGCGAAUGCGGCGUGAGGGAGCCGGACAUUUUUCUUGCGGAGAUAGAAUGGGCCAUGGCAAGAUUGAAACACAAAACUAGCGGAGGCGAUAGAGUCACAGCCCAAAUGCUCAAGAACUUAGGCCCAAAGGGCACGCACAUGCUCCACUUGAUCUGCCAGAGGGUUUGGAGUACUGGACGAUGGCCGGAUGAUUGGUCUGAGUCUAUACUUGUCCCUCUGCACAAAAAAGGUUCAACCCGCAAAUGUAAAAAUUACAGAACAAUAUCACUGUUGUCACAUGCUAGUAAGAUACUCUUGAGCAUAAUUAAGGCAAAAUUAGAAAAUUACAUCGACCGGCAUAUCUCAGAAAAACAGGCUGGUUUCGUCAAAGGAAAAGGCACACGCGAACAAAUCCUCAACGUCCGACAGCUGAUUGAAAAGAAUAGAGAAUUUAAUGUGCCAUUACUGAUGUGUUUCAUUGACUAUGCCAAGGCGUUCGACUGCGUCAGCUGGAACAGAAUGUUUGAGGUGAUGGGAGAGAUGGGAGUUUCUGAACACUUGAUACUCCUUGUGCAAAACCUGUACCUGGAUGGCACAUGUAGAGUCCGACUAGAGGAUGCCACUUCAGGGCCUUUCAGCACGAAGGGGAGUGCGACAGAGCUGCAUUUUAUCACCGAAGCUUUUCAACCUUUACAGCAAAUAUAUCAUGCGCAAAGUGCUGGAGGGCUGGACGAGGGGUGUCCGGAUAACUGGGAGAAAGAUCAGUAA